UCUGAUGCCUGUGCUGUGUUCUCCUACAGGAGUAAGUUGGACUGUGACGCAAAGAAAUGGAGAUUAUUUGCGGAUGUUCUGAACGAUGUGGCCAUCUUCCUCGAGAUCCUCGCCCCCGGCUUCCCCUCACUCUUCACCACGAUCGUCUGCGUUUCCGGCCUGUUCAAGUCCAUCGUCGGGGUCUCUGGGGGCGCGACACGGGCGGCUCUCACGGUGCACCAGGCCAGGCGUGACAACAUGGCCGACGUAUCUGCCAAGGACGGGAGCCAGGAGACCCUUGUCAAUCUCACUGGCCUGGCCUGUAGCCUGAUCCUCACACCCCUCAUCAGUGAGAACAUUGUCCUGACCUACGUGCUGUACGCCCUCUUCACCGCCCUACACCUCUACGCCAACUACCGGGCGGUCCGCAGCGUGGUGAUGUGCACGCUGAACCAGGCGCGCCUCCGGCUCCUAGUCGGCGACUUCCUGAGGGCUGGGAAGGUGUCCACACCUGCCGCAGUUAAUUCCCGGGAACCUCUGCUUCCAGAUUUCCGACAGAGUGUCAGUAUCCAUCUGGGAGCUCCUCUCAACACCAUCAUACACAGUAUUUUCGACUACCAGAGAGUAUUGGAAAACAACUCCAAAAACUAUUUACUGGGAUUGAACAAAAGGACAGGUGUGGUGUGUAUCUCGCUCAGGGAGGGGGCUGAUAGCGUCGACAUGAUCCAGGCUGGAUUCCACGCCGAGAUCUUCCAGCAUCUCCUCCACAGCGACGUCCACGCCUUCGAGGUGGGCCGCCUGACCUUCCCUCGUCUCCAGAAGAUGGUCACAUCUGCCCAGGACAAGCGACUGUGGGACGCGGUGGCGGCGACGCACCUCCUGGUCGAUCAGCUCUUCCCCCGGCUCCUAGCCGAAGCACGGGCAGUCGGCUGGAAAACCGACCGGAACCACCUCGGGGUGGACGAGUGGCGGGCCUGGUGGGGCCCUGGGGAGGGCAAGAAGGGGCGGUGAUGGAGAGGAGGGGGUGGGGUGGGGGAGGUGGCGUCAGCCUGAAAGUAGGACAGGGUCGGGGGGAGGUAGGGAAACGAGACUGGCCCUCCCCUCCCCCCCCUCCUUCCCCACCCCCCUCUGCUCCUGUUGCCCAGAGAUGGCUCCGUCUGGAUCCGCGUUCAAGAAUGCCAAAAACGACGAGGGGGAAGAGGGCCGUGGGAACCCGACGGGAGAUCUUCGAGCACCCCCGCCCCUCACGCCUUCUCCUUUCGUCCUCCCCCAACGUCCCCACCCCCCCCCCCCUCCCCCUCUCAGUGUAGGGUUCUCUACGCGGGAGUCCUCCCCCUCUCUCUCGGGCAUCUUGGGUGGAGGGUACUUGAGUCUUGUCCUGCGCAGUCCUGGGCAGUGGGGGGGCGUGGAAGGGGUCGCGAGCGCCGACUGCCUGCCCCUCUCCCGCGAUUACGUCAGAGCCCGGGCGUCCCUGGAGAAGGAGCGCCUGGUGUCCACCAGCUCUCUCUCUCUCUCUCUCGAGCUGUUCCGGGAGAGGUGGGCGCCGCAGGGAGUGGGCUGCGUUAGGUCCUCCUCCCAACUCUUCAAUCGCUCCCCUCCCCUUCGCUGUUUGAUCACGCAGCGUUCCCCUCUGAUGAGAAGGGCUUCUGCUCAUCACUGGCCAGCCUGGCGUUUCCUGUGUUCCUGGUAAUGGGACAUCAAUAAAGAUUUACACACUUGUU